GAAAACUGUGGUUUAUGAGCACCCGAUUCUAUCCCUGGCUCAUGCAAUUAUAAAAAUAAAUUGGCCCAUUACAGAAAAUUCCAUUUUUUGGUUUUUAGCCAUGAAAACUUAAAAAAUUAGAAAAAAGCACCACUAGCGAUGCAGCAUUGCCCGACCGAUAGGGAGAUACUGACGGCUGGAAUUUAGAAUCACACUUGAUAAGGACUUUCCUGCUUUAUUAUAUUGACUCGGAGAAAGGGGAAUAGGAUUAGGUCAAUCGGACUUAAGGCCGUUUUUGCUUCGAAUCUCCCUCUCUUAUCCCUUUCUUCUUGUUCAUCUUUACAGCAUCAAGUUAUGGCUGUUACUGUUCGGCAAAUGUCUGUAAUUGUUGCGACUCUGGGGACACUGUCCUUCAUAUUUGGGGUAAUUGCAGAGAAUAAGAAGCCUGCAGCUGGAACUCCCAUAACUGGAAAAGGUGUUGUUAUUUGCAAGUAUCCAUCUGAUCCAACUGUGGCCUUGGGAUAUCUCUCUUUUGCAUUUCUUGUCUUAUCUGCACUGGCAGGGUUUUGGUCUCUCUUUUAUCCUUACAAAGGAAAAUCUAUUCCUCAGUCUGCGUUGUUUCAGAGUACCAGUUUCGUUGUCUUCUUCAACAUUGCCGUGUUUACAGCAGGACUAGCAGCUGCAUUGCUGCUGUGGCCAACAAUCACAGAGCAGCUUCACUUGAUGCGUAAAGUUCAUCACAAUAUGGAGACAGAUUGCCCCACUGCUAAGACUGGUCUUCUUGGAGGUGGUGCUUUUAUUUCUCUUGAUUCAGCCCUCUUUUGGCUAGUUGCCCUUAUGCUCGCAGAUAAUGCCAGAGAGGACUACUUUGACGAGGUGGAGAAAGGUGGCAAGGGUGAAUAUGGGCAAGGUCUUGCAGAUGAUUAUGAUACACCAGCACAUCUCAAGGGCAAUGCAUAAAAGCACAGUGGCCUGAAUUAUGUCUUCUGGUAUUAGAGUUGUCUAUUUGGUUUGAGACAUUAAAUAAUUCUGUUAGUAAGGAAGCAAUUGUAUGAAGAUGGAUUCCCUGGUGUAAAUAUUAAUUCUUAUUGCAUGGUUUUUGUAUUUUAUUUUGCA